AAGCCCCGCCCCUCGGCUCCGGUCUCAGCCUAUUCGAGCGGAUCAAUGAGGGCUCAUUUGAACUGCCGCAGGCAGCCAAAAACUUACCAUCGACAACUGGCUUGAAUAUAGAGGUAUAACAGAGGAGCAUGGGUUGUCACAACAGCAAAGUUUGUGGCCAGGUCUCCAGGAAAAAGAAAAAAAGUUGUGCGCAAGAAGGUGAGAAGCAAAUAAAGGACAUCAAACUUCAAGAUGGAAGUGGUACACGCUCUUCUGAGAAGAAUCUAUUGGAGACGUAUGAGUGUCAGCUAAAGAUACUUCAUGCUGUGUUGACGGCUUCUGGAGACCAGGAGAGAGACCAGCUCCUCAAGGACCAUCCUGGAGACAUCUGCACUUUAGUCCACAGUAUUCUAGAGAAGGUAAAGACUGAGAUAACCGCUGACUUAAAUGAUCUUCAUGGAAAACAGACGAGGAGCGUCUUAGAACGGCAUCAGAGCGCAACAGAAGAGCUACAGCGAUUACACAAUGAAGAGAAGAACAUUUUAAAUGAGUCCCAUGCAGCAGCUGAGAAUGUGCUGAAGGAUCAGAUUGAAGGGCUGACGUCAGAGCUGAAGCUGUUCGAGGAGUUGAAGCGCAGAGCGCAGGAGUCCACGCUCCAGAGAGACCUUCAGAGAAACAUUGAGACUCAUGGCAGCCCUGGUGCAUUCUGGGAGCAGGAGCAGGAGAGUCUGUUAUUUGUCAUCGAAAUGAAGCGUGAGCGUUUACAGGACCAGGGGAACAAGCUGCUGCAGAUGGAAACACUGGUGGAGAGGAAUCAGUCGCUGGAGGAUCAGCUCCUGCAGGCGCUCCAGCAGAGCGAGGACUUCAGAGUGAGGAUAGACAACUACCAAAGCCUCAUACAACAACUGUCCAAGGAGCAGAACGAGCUGCAGGAGGCGCUAGAGAAGCAGUCUCUGCAGAACCAGAAGCUCAGCCAGGAGAAAGAAGAGCUGCUCUUUAAACUCAUACACCGCAGAGACUCGUGCUCCUCCUUCCACCUUCCUUCUGUCAUCCCCAGCUGACCGCAGCAUCCACCUUCCUUCUGUCAUCCCCAGCUGACCGCAGCAUCCACCU